AUGGAGCUGCGUUUCCGCGGCACGAAGAGCGCCGACACUGUCGCCUUCUGGCUCUGCGAAGGUCUCGCCAAGCGCCGCGUCGUGGGCGCUACGACGCAGUCGCUCACGUCGCUCGCCGUCGAAUGGGACCUGCCGAACGUGCUCGAGCACGAGGAAAUGCACUUUUUGAACGAGUCGACGGGCCUCGAAGUGCCUCGAGACGACGCGAUGGGCGCGUUCAUCUCGGACCGAGACGUCGUGCGGCUGUGCACGACGGAACAGCUCCACGCGCUGCAGGAGAAGUUUGCCACGCGGGACGAACAAGUGGCGGACGAGAUGAUGCAUAACAAGGCCAAGACGCCUAUGGGCGCGGCGCUGUCAAAGCUCAAGAAGAUUGGCGCAACGAACCCGACGCUCAUGAAGCUGCACAAGACGCUGGACGAGCACACGCACCAUCACGGAGCAGCCAAAGCAGAUCGAGUUGAUCCGAUGGACCAGUUCCCAGACGUUGACCCGAUCUUUGAGAGCGACGAGAUUGAAGAGAGCAGUGCACAAGACGGCAACGGUCCGCAAACGUGUGACAUGUGUGAAGUGUCGUGGCCGGACGAUGCGUCCAGCAGCAUGUAUCGGCUGAAGAAGAUGGGCAUUGUCACGCACCAGGGAUGCGCGCAGUUUGCCGCCGACGUGCUCUCCCAGCAUCCAGAAAUCACCUCGCGCGACGCGUUUCUAGCUCUGUCUAAGACUCCUGUGUCCAGCUUAAACAAACCUGGUACUUUUCACAUUACAGUGCAUCGCGCAAUGGAACUGCCUGGUAUCCAGCUUAUUGGAAAGCAGGCGCCUUAUGCGAGACUGUCACUACUUCCUUGGAAGGAACCGAUGCAGACGAAACCGGUCGAAAAUGGCGGUCGGAACCCAGUGUGGGUCAGCAACCACGACAACGCGAUGCAAUUUUCACACAUGUACAACAGUACGAUCACACCAAUCCCGCUUCUAGACGUCGAGGUGUACAACUAUAACUACCUCGCUGAUGAUCAGAUUGCGUGCACAUUGGUGGAUAUGAGUCCGCUGCUUCGGUACCCGAAUAUUGAGGCAAAGAGGUGGUUUACUAUGUCUUCUCGUUCGCUGCUUACGCUUAGCACUGGAAAGCCCAAAAUCAUGCUUGCGAUCAAAUUUGUACCAACGGAACAAGAUACCAACUCGGCGAAUGCACACAAGUUCCGUGUCCACCAACUGAAAUCCAUUGGGCUCGCGAUACCUGUUUGUGCUGUUUGCAACCGGUCUAUCAUGAACGCAUUGAAGAGUAUUUGGGGCUAUCGAUGUGAGCUCUGUGGGAUUGACGUUCAUAAAGGUUGCAUAAUGAAGGCGACGGUACAGUGCGAAUGCGUCGCACAAGAACUGAUGAGCGCUGGACAGGAGAAACGAAAGCGUCGUGGCGUCAGUUUUCGCGUACUAAAUGAUAGUGUGCUACAUCCUGCAGGAGAACUGUUCGUGAAUUUCCGUGGUCUGCACUUGUGCACGAAGCACUGCCGAGACAACUUUCACGCGAAAAAUAUUUUCGAAGGCGACACGUACUGCCGGCUCAGCUUUGACGGCAUCGUGCACGAAACCAGCCCUGUCCUAAAAAGUGCCGAUCCUAUGUACAUGGAGACCUUGUGCUUUAAGGUCCGGCAUCCAAACUCGGUCUUUCGUGUUGACGUGAUUGAUUUCAAUACGGACCAAUGCAUCGGGCAGUUUGGUAUUUCACUCUUCCAGCUACUUCAACGCGAAGCUGAUCGCUUUGUUCGAACAAACCCGAUACUGACCAGUUUUCGCGAUCAUCUGCGCCAUUUAAGCUUGAACGAUGCAAUGAACCAAGCUGCCAUCAACGAUUCGUGGGCAGCACUGCCAAUUCUUACUGACGAAGAACGCUACAAAUUGUCGUUACCUCAGGGGUCGAAACUUCGGCCUGGCGAAGAACUCGGUUUUGUACUUGUCGAUCUAGAAUAUGUGGAACACAAGAAAGAUCUGCUUCGCGUACGUGCGAACAAUAACUCUUAUCUUCUCGAACGUGAGGAAAAAGAAUUUUCGGUCGAAUCACUGCGGAAUACUGUGGAUCGACUUGGUCGAGCGGUGAAGAUUUUUCAGGGUAUUGACGCCGAGUACGCGAGCUACGCGCUGUUCUACAUCUUUGGGUCUAUCUUGGUGUACAUGCUAUAUCGACUGCACAUUCGGCUUGAGGGUGCCUACGUUGCACGGUGGAUUGGCUACGAAGAGUAUGAGCUGGAACAAGAGGAGCAACAGAAGCUAUACAGGCCACUAGCUGACUUGCAUGUUGCUGUGCAUGAAGCACAUCUUUCUCAUGAAACAGACAAUCUUCUCGUCGAAUCGCAGUCGCGAAUGAGGGACUUUUCCUUGUCGAAGCUUGGCUACUAUGUCUUGAUCAAGUAUCGACCAAAUGACAAGCAGCACGCGGCGGGGGACAUGGCACUCAUUCCUUCUGGCUACGAUGAGACGACAGUUGCCUGGACCGAUGUCGCAGGUAGAAGCCGGUAUCCAGUGUGGCGCAGGAAUGCACUGCUAUCCGCUGGUCCCUUGCUUGCUACAAAACUUCGGAAAACAUCCCCAUUCCGAAAUUUCAACGUAUCGUGGUGCCAUGACCCAAAGAUGUGCACUUGUGGACAAUGCUCUGCACACCAGCAAAGCUUGAAGGAGACAGCCCCAGCAUCCGCCGCCGUCACUAGCUGUGGCGUCGAUCACCAUGCCUACUAUUUUCCGAUCCCCCAAGCGUCCCGUAAAAACUGCUCCGGUCGUGACGAUUUGGUGCCGUGGACGUCGUUCCCCGGUCUUCUGCAAUUUGAUUUAUGCAUUUCUCUGUCUGGAGAGGCAAAAGAAACACCAGAUUUGGUUGCUGCAACAACAACGAUUCCACUUCGAAGUCUUCUGGAACGAGACAGUAAUUCGGUUGAGCUACAACUUCCGUUAUUUUCCAUUCCUACACCAACAUCCGAAGAGCGUUUCCCAGAACUUGUUACUCGAAGCCCAGGAAAGCAGGAUGGUGAUUAUCUCGUUGUACGCAUUGGCUUUCAAGUUCCCGCCGAAAGCUCGACGUCACCGGACGGCAAAGGUUUGCUAAACCCAACAUGCCAACAGGAGACGGGACUGGUCGAACCAAAUGCGGUGCACAAAAAGCGGCCUGACGGUCAUGUGGAGCGCAACUUUUCUGAGUUUGUGUGUGAGAAUAUGGUACAAAAGGGGAAAUCGAACACCAUCGGUGCAAAUCUCUUUGAUGCUUUUUGGAAGGUGAAAGACACCGUCAAACAGCUGCAAACCGAGAUCGGUCGUGCGUGUGGAGCAUUAGCAUGUGCUGAGAACCUCUUGAACUGGACGCACCCGUGGAAAACUGCUACUGCCUUUGUUGUAGUAGCUGCGAUGGCGCUAGUGUUCUCGGUGGUUCGUGGUCGCUGGGCAAUUCUUGUUUUUGGCCUGACCGAAUUCGGCGCUGUGUUUGUGGACGAUGCCCCGGCCAGCAAGCAUGUGAAAAAGAUCCUCUGGAAUUACUUGUCUUCGCUUCCCACUGAUCAAGACCUGAUCGAGCUGUACGAGCCCGAGCGUGCUGUUUACUUGGAAAGGCGUCAAGCGCAACUAGAAGAGGACAAGGAAAUUGCGGUUCGCCUCCGUUACCACGCAUCAUGGAUUGGAACCGUUUCGACGAAAGCUGAGAACGAUCGCCACGCAAAGAGCUGCUUCCUGGUUUAUCGUCCAUUUCGCUUUUUGCUUUGGAAAAGCGAGGACGAUGCUGAAGAAGGCUCACAGCCAUAUUUACAGCUGGUGUUUGACAAGCCACAAGCUAUCACUGACAAUCGCAACGACAAGGUGUUUUCAUUUUCGGUGUCAGGGGUAAAUGGCCACGGAGGCGAAGAAACCCGUGUGUUUAUGCUGGAAUCGCUGGAAAGCAAAGAUACUCUCUUGCAAAAAGUGCGUCAGAGCUGCAGAGUAUAG